AUGGAUUCAAUUAGGUCGGAUACAAAUGUUAUUGAAAUGGUUUUAUCAGUUGCAUGUAACUUGUUUCAAGCAAUGCUUUAUGGAUCUUUGACAACUAAAUAUCAUCAAGUGGAAUUACCAGACAUCAAAUUUUUGGAAUUUUUAGAAUUUUUAAAAUUUAUUUGCUCCGAUGGAUAUAUAAUUACUUAUGAAACAGUGAUGUUCCUUUUAUAUGUAGGGAAAAAAUACAAUGUAAUAGUUUUAGCAGAUUUUUGUGUGGAUUUUUUGAAAAACAAUAUUCAUGUAAAUAAUGUCAUUUUAUUGUUACGGCAGGCCAGGUUCUUUGAUGAACAAGAAUUAGAAGGCAAAUGUGUGAAUUUUUUGAAAUUUAAUUUAGAUGCAUAUAAUUCGAUUUAUUUGUUACGACAAGCUAGGAUCUACAAUGAGCAAGAAUUAGAAAACAAAUGUUUAAACAUAAUUGAUCGACACGCAAUGAUAGCUUUAUCUGCUAACGGAUUUAUUGAUACGGAUUUAAAUACUUUAACUACACUCUUAGAACGAAACACGAUAGAAAUUGAAGAAUUACAGUUGUAUAAAGCUAUUUUAAGAUGGGCGGAAGCAGAAUGUGUUAGACAACAAUUACCUUUAUCACCAGAAAAUCGACGGUUUGUUUUAGGUCAUGCAUUUAACUUAAUACGUUUUCCUCUAAUGACCAUUGAAGAAUUUUCUGGUGGUCCUGUUCAAAGUGGUUUAUUGACUGAUCGUGAAGUUAAAGAAUUAUUUUUAUAUUUCACAGUUCAUCCAAAACCACGUGUUAAAUUUUCCAAUAUACCUCGAUUCCUUGAAAAGUCCUAUCGUAUCGAACAAAAAGUGAAGAUAUUUAAAAAUUGUUUUUAUAGCGAAACAGAGCUCUUCGAUAAUUCUUAUAGUAGUAUAAAUUUUAUUGUUGACCGUCCUGUAAUUAUUGUUGGAUUUGGUUUGUUUGGCCCGAUACAUUCGCAUGGAUCUGUUGUAUUGGAUGUAAAUUUAGAGUUAAAACAUAAAGAUACAGACACAAUAGUUGGUUCAACUGAAAUUUCAUUUAGUUCGGAUGGUUCACUACAAAUGUAUCAAGUUAAUUUCGAUGAAUCAAUUUUAAUUACUUCACACACAUAUUAUACUGCUACCGUUUAUAUUAACGCUAGAACAGAAAUAGCACUUAGUCAGUGGUGGGGCGUUGAAGGGCAAAGUAAAGUUGCAUGUAAGGUAUUUGAUAAACACGUCAAUUUUCAAUUUUCAUCAUCUGGAAUUAUUGGUUUGUCAACUGUGAAUUCUGGACAACUCGCAUUUAUAACGUUUGCUACGUAA